AAAACUGGAGACAAUACUGUUGUGGGGGGUGGAGUAGAUGUUUAGUUUCUGUAGGUACGAAAGCCCGGAACUCGAGGGUGGUGAAGGGCAGGACCUCGUUAACGCAGCGUGACGUCAAACAGUUAGGGCUCAGUAAUUUAUUGGGUUGGGCAAGUCGUGAGGUGGCCAGUAUAAGGGUACACUGGAACUAAUUAGUCAUGUACGGGGUGGGGGAAGAGAGAGAAAAAGCCAGUUUCAGCAAGCUUUGAACGUUGCAGAAUAAACGAUUGUUCAAAGUUUACAGGAUCUUAAAAGUUGAAUAACCUAGGUUGCUUAAAAUUCAAGAGCGUUGGAAAUUGUGGAGUUCUUGUCCAACUCUUAAAUCACGAAAAUGUGGCGCAAAUCCAUUGGCUUAUGGUGGGGGAGGAGACUCUGGUGACAUUAUGCCUUCCAAAAGCAUUCCACAACCGACAGUGCAGACACACACCCGCAAGGCUGCAGCCUGCAGGGUUAAAGGGAGUCCUGCAGACGGCUCGCGGUGCAUUUCGGGAGUUGUAGUCCUCCGGCGAAGUCAGCCCAAAGGGCGGAAGCUGCCCGGCGCACUACAUUAUCCAGUGGGCCCCGCACGCUCCCCUGACGCACGCGGAAGUGGGGGAAGGGCAAAAGAAACAGGAGAGAGACGACAGGCUCCGGCUCCUCCCGCAGUUUUGUGGGAAGAGAGAGAAACACAGGAGAGCGAGCGAAAGAAAGCAUCGCCGCCCAAACAUCGAGCGACAAUGGCAGGCGGGCUUCCCAGGCGUAUCACCAAGGAAACCCAGCGUUUGCAUGCAGAGCCGGUGCCUGGUAUCAAGGCAGAAGCGGAUGAAUUCAACGCACGUUACUUUCAUGUUGUUAUAGCUGGUCCACAGGAUUCCCCAUUUGAGGGUGGAACUUUUAAACUUGAACUAUUUCUUCCAGAAGAAUAUCCUAUGGCAGCUCCAAAAGUUCGUUUUAUGACCAAAAUAUAUCACCCAAACGUAGACAAGCUGGGCAGAAUCUGUUUAGAUAUUCUGAAAGAUAAGUGGUCCCCAGCUUUGCAGAUUCGUACAGUGCUGCUAUCAAUCCAGGCAUUGUUAAGUGCUCCAAAUCCAGAUGAUCCAUUAGCGAAUGAUGUAGCCGAACAGUGGAAGAGCAAUGAAGCCCAAGCCAUAGAAACAGCCAGGACAUGGACUAGGCUAUAUGCCAGUGGGAACAGCAAUUCCAGAUGAAAUUGAAUGCACAUCACAACCCUUGUUCUGCCAAGAUCUCUCUCCUUGCAUUCAAAGAACAGUCUUAGAAAACUGCUGAAUAAACCCAGACAAAUAAAAUUCUUGGUGUUUAAAUGCAUAUUAGAGACUAUUUGUCAUGUUCAGAUUCACCAUUAAAGCAUGAGCAGAGUCUAUACCACUUUGCUUUUCUAUUCCCCCCCUUCUGCCACCCAGUUAAUUUGAAAGCAGCGAUGCACCUGCUUUAUUUACAAUGACUGGCGUUUUUUUUUCUUAGCACUGUGAAUGAAAAUCUGCUUAGUUAGCUGCUCUAUUGUAAGUUUUUUUUUUUUUUUUUAUUUUCUGGGUUUUGUUUUUUGCAAUGCUAAAAGCAAAUUUGAAAGCAGCUAACGUGUACACAUUAGAUCAUGCCCUUCGCCAAGAGUAGUAACCUUUUUUUCUUUUUAGGUGCACUAGAUUAAGCAGCUUAGCUGGUUAUUAGUUAGUCCAGUCAGUAAAGGAAGAGAAGAAAGCAGCGCAUCAAUAUUGUGACUCUCAAAUGUAGAUCCUGAGAAAGCUUGUUACUUUGUAUGGCUUGUCUGGGGGUGGGAGGGGGACAGUGUGGGGGAAGAAAGAUUUCUGUAAAACUUUGUUUUAGUAAACUUUUUUGUUCCAUUUGACUGUUGUACCGGUGUUGAUCUUUCCACAAGCGCAAUGCGGUGAAUAAAUCUGAUGUUUUAAUGAUUGAAUCCAUGCUCAUUAAUGAAAAUUAUCUACAUCCAAAGGUGUUUCUCUCAUCUCAAUCCAUGAAGUGUUCAGAUCAUGUAUGCUGCCCCAAUGAACUCAAUAAUUCUCUUGGGAGUAAAUCACCUGUAACUUGCAUUGCAACCACUAAUAAAACUGUAUUCCUUUUUUAAAUAAAUCCAAUUAAUCUAAAUGUGA